AUGCAUUGUUGCGGUCACGCCGCUUUUGCUCUCCUGAUAUUACAGGAAUUUCUAUUGAAGUAUGGAGCGUGUCCCUCAUAUUCAUGUACAUCCAUUAAUUACUGUUAUUUGUAUUUUAGGAAAUCGAAUUGCGACUUUGACAGCACCAUUACAAAGUCACCAUUAGAUGACGUGAGUAGCGAACCCGAGGGAAACCGACUGGUCUCCCGUUUGAAGAAGACUCACAUCAAGAAACCUCUGAAUGCCUUCAUGCUUUUCAUGAAAGAGAUGCGUCCUCGUGUACAAGAGGAGUGCACACUGAAAGAAUCGGCAGCAAUAAAUCAGAUCCUCGGCAAGAAGUGGCAUGAACUCUCCAGGGCUGAGCAAACCAAAUACUAUGAGAUGGCUCGAAAGGCGAAAGAACUUCAUCAGCGCCUGUAUCCCGGUUGGUCAGCUCGGGAUAACUACGCCUAUCAUGCAAGAAGACGGCAUAGAAGGAGCCGAAGGGGUUUCCCACAUCAUAGAUCCUUUAUAUCUAACAAGACGACAAGUAGUUCUAGCACCGUGAACACACUGGCUAAGACUUCACCCAAUGGUCGUUUAAGAUCUUCAAGUUUUCAUGAAGAGAGGAAAAGCAUCGAUCUCCCACAAAAAAUUCUAGAGCGUCCUCAUUCGGCCAGUGAUAUCUACUCUCCUAGUCUUGAACGAAGGAUGUUGUCAUCUUCAUCUCCCCUUACACCCCACAAUCCUCCUACCCAAUCCCAAUCCCCAGUGAUAACUUCUUCGUUAAACAGGGUACCUGAAAGUCAACAUCAACCACAGUCCCAGACUGUGGCACCACCACCCACAACAAUGACAACGUCUUUUGGCUCACAUCCAGUCCCACCUCCUCCUCCACCUACAAUUCAACAGGGUUUCACCUCACCAUCCCGGCCCACACCCCUAACUAUGUCAGCUUGCUCUGCAUUUGAACAACACUACAAUCAAGCUACUAGCCAUCAGGUUCCGACAUCGGCACAGCUACCUAACCCUACUCAACAACAGCAAUACCUUCAAAUGGUCUCCGCUCAAAGAGGAUUUAUGGGUUAUCCACCAACCCCAGCAAGUGUUAUGUACGGGGGUGUUCAAAGCCAUGGUCGAGGAGGCGGGGGUACGAUGUCGAGGCAAAUGAGUACUGGGGGGUAUUGGGGGUAUCAACAGCCUCAAGGUCAAAUGGGUGGACAGACGGGGAUAAAGAGGAGUCCUUAUUUGAGUAGUGAUUCUGUGGCUGCUGUGGCCGCAGUUGCUGCUAUGGCUGUUGGUGAACUUUCUGGUGGAAGUAUGAAGAAAUGUCGAGCAAGAUUUGGACUGGAACACCAGAAUUUAUGGUGCAAACCUUGUCGGCGAAAGAAGAAGUGCAUUCGCUUCAUAUCAGAGAACGAGGUGGAGGACUACAUGCCCCAUCAUGGACAUCAUCCACUGUCUCACCAUGGAACCUCUCAGGGUCAUGCAACCUACAAUCCCCAUUCUGCUGCCGUCGCUGCAAUGGCCUUCAACCAUCAGACAGGGUCACAAACAUGUGGCGGUACUUCCUAUAGAGCAAUCUCGAACUCUGCUCGUCGACAGGCCGCAACUGCACCUUAUUCCAUCCAAAAGCCGACGGGUUUUAUGCCCGUCACUGCAGUUAGUGGUGGCGGUAACGGGGUGCCGGGCGUUCAGGCAGCUCAAAGGCCAAGUUCUUUUUCUCGUCAAACGAUGCCACAACAAUUCCCCAACUCCCCUUAUGCACAACUUGCUCUCGGCAAUGCUGGAUACAAACGACCAUUUCCAAUUACAGUUAGUUCAAUUCCUCGUCAACAGCUCAGUGAUUUUCCAGUAUCGCAAAUUUCCGCUUAUCGGGGUUCAACUACCACAGAUACUUCAAGCAGCUAUUGGGGUUCAAACCCACGUUCUAUGGGAAGUGCCGUAGUCCCUACCUUUCCAACUAACUCUUAUCCUCCCACCGCAAACUCCCGUUUUUCCGCAUCUGAAAUGAUGCUCUCACAGGGUGCUGAAACGAAGUCUACUCAUCUUCGGGAAACACAGGGUUCAAAUUCUUCCCUUUCCUACACAAACACCAUCAACAACCAUAGCAAGAUAAUGAACAAUAGUAAUUUUCCAACACAACAGAGUACAUCUGUAUCUUCAAUGAACGGAGGGGGCGAUGGUAUAAGGAUAAAACGAGAGGCCCCACCGAUAAGUUUCGGAGUCGCAGACGUCAUGGGUUUCAAAACAGAGGUGUCCAAUGCACCCUCUGUUGUUCCGCCGCCUACUUCGGCAGGAUAUCGUGGAACCACUGUCUCUCCAAGCACCUCUUCCUGUCCUCUAAGGUCCUCUCCUGAAUUGGAAUAG